AUGGCCGACCUCCCCACCACUUUCGACCGUCCCGUCCACAUCGCUGUCAUCGGCGGCACCGGCCUCGGAAAGCUCGAAGGGUACACGCCCGUCGCCUCCCUGACCCCGACGACGCCCUGGGGCAAGCCCUCGUCGCCUAUCAGCAUCCUCGAGCACAACGGCGUGCCCAUCGCCUUCCUCGCCCGCCACGGCCUGCACCACCAGUUCGCGCCCCACGAGGUUCCCGCCCGCGCAAACAUCGCCGCCCUGCGCUCCAUCGGCGUCCGCUGCGUCAUCGCCUUCUCCGCCGUUGGCUCCCUGCGCGAGGAGAUCAAGCCCAUGGACUUUGUCGUCCCGGAUCAGGUCAUUGACCGCACCAAGGGCGUGCGGCCUUUUACCUUUUUCGAGGGCGGUGUUGUGGGCCACGUUGGCUUCGCGGACCCAUUUGAUCAGGGGCUUGCUGAGGUCGUCAAGAGAUGCGCGGCGCAAUUGCAGGGCGAGGGCGUCGUCUUACACGAGAAGGGAACCAUUAUCUGCAUGGGCGAGUUACUCCUCCUCCUCCUCCUCCUCCUCCUCCUCUGCCAACUCUCCUAG